AUGGACACCUCACGGGCUCUGCUGCUCUUCCUGCUCCUGGCCUCCCGAGAAGGGGUCCUCACCCACGGAGCCUCUUCUGGAGUUCAGCAAACCAAUUUCUCCCUGGACUCAGAAAGCUCUUCCCAUGGCCCAGGUUCAAAAGUCUCCUCCAUCAAACCCCCCAGCUGGAAAUUUCCAGAUCAGUCUCCAGGUUCAAAAAGCACUGCUGCUGUCCCUCAUUCCAAAUGGUUUCCUGAGGCCUCGAAUUUUAGCGAUGUGCCCAGGUCCGUCUGGUCAAAUGUUUCUGCUGAGGGCCAAAAGCUGAGCCUGGAUCCUACCUUCUCUGAAAUCCCAGAUUCUGAAGUAUUUUCUGAUGUCUUGGGUUCUCAAGUUCCUGCCAAAGACUCAGAGCCCUCCUCCUCUGUUAAGACCCCAGCUUCAAACAUUUCGGCUCAAGUCCCAGAUCCUGAAGUAUCUGUUGAGACCCCAGGUUCAAAAUUCUCCCCUGAGGAUCAGGAUCUUGACAUCUCUGCCCAGAACCCCGAAUCCAAAGUCAUCGCAGCAGCUCACCCAGAGGAAAGCCUCCCCCAGCACGUGGGGAGGCCUCUCUCCGUGCUAGUGGGGACCACCAUCCGGCUCCCUCUAGUUCCGGUUCCCAGCCCCAGCCCUCCUGCUCCUCUGGUUGUCUGGCGCCGAGGCUCCAAGGUGCUGGCAGCUGGAGGCCUGGGGCCAGGGUCUCCCCUGAUCAGCUUGGACCCUGCUCACCGAGGCCGCUUACGAUUUGACCAGGCCCAAGGGGGGCUGGAACUGGCCUCUGCCCAGCUGGAGGAUGCUGGGGUCUACACUGCUGAGGUUAUCCGGGCUGGGGUCUCCCGGCAGAUUCGGGAGUUCACGGUGGGUGUGUAUGAGCCGCUGCCCCCGCUGUCGGUGCAGCCCAAGACCCCCGAGACAGAGGAGGGGGCGGCCGAGCUCCGGCUGCGCUGCCUGGGGUGGGGGCCGGGUCGCGGGGAGCUGAGCUGGAGCCGGGACGGACGCACCCUCGAGGCAACGGACCCUGAGGGAGCAGAGCCACCCCGGAUCCGCACAGAGGGCGACCAGCUGCUCAUCAUGCGCCCUGUGCGCAGCGACCAGGCCCGGUACACUUGUCGCGUCCGCAGCCCCUUCGGCCACACGGAGGCUGCGGCUGACGUCAGUGUUUUCUACGGCCCGGAUGCACCAGUCAUCAAGGUCUCCUCGGACCGCGACGCCGCCCCCGCCCUCUAUGUCACCGCGGGCAGCAACGUGACCCUGCGCUGCACCGCCGCCUCGCGGCCGCCCGCCGACAUCGCGUGGAGCCUGGCCGACCCGGCCGAGGCAGCGGUGCCCGCCGGCCCGCGUCUCCUGCUGCCCGCGGUCGGGCCGGGCCACGCCGGCACCUAUGCCUGCCUCGCUGCGAACCCGCACACCGGUCACCGCCGCCGCUCUCUGCUCAGCCUCACGGUGGCGGAUCUGCCUCCCGGGUCCCCACAGUGCUCAGUCGAAGGCGGUCCGGGGGAUCGCAGCCUCCGCUUCCGCUGCGCGUGGCCCGGCGGGGUCCCUGCCGCCUCUCUGCAGUUCCAGGGUCUCCCUGAAGGCGUCCGCGCGGGGCCGGUGCCCUCUGAGCUCCAGGCGGCUGUCCCCGCCCACCCCCGACUCAGCGGCGUCCCCGUCACCUGCCUCGCUCGCCACCUGGUGACCACGCGCACCUGCACUGUCACCCCGGAGACCCCUCGGGAGGUGCUGCUGCUUCCCACAGUGGAGGAAACACGGUCAGGGGAGACAGAGGUGACGCUGGAGGCCACUGGCUGUCCUCCACCAUCGAGAGCAUCUUGGGCCCGGGAAGGGCGGCCCGUGGCCCCAGGAGGUGGAGGUCGCCUGCGGCUCAGCCAAGAUGGGCGCAGGCUCCUCAUUAGCAACUUCAGUCUGGAUUGGGACCUGGGAAAUUACUCCGUGUUGUGCAGUGGGGCUCUGGGUGCUGGGGGCGACCUGAUCACGCUCAUUGGACCUUCCAUCUCCUCAUGGAGGCUGCAGAGAGCCCAGGAUGCCGCAGUGCUGACUUGGGAUGUGGAACGUGGGGCCCUGAUCAAUGGUUUUGAGAUCCAGGCACGACCAGAGGGCCCUGACCUGGGUAGAGCCACUACCUACAAGGACUGGAUCUCCCUACUCAUCCUGGGGCCUCAGGAGCGGUCAGCUGUGGUGCCCCUUCCUCGUCGGAACCCCGGGACCUGGGCCUUCCGUAUCCUGCCCACCCUGGGGGGCCAGCCAGGGACCCCAUCACAAAGCCAUGUCUACCAGGCCAGUCCCACCCUGGGCUCUGGGGCCAUUGCUGGCAUCAUCCUGGGCUCCCUACUGGGCCUGGCGCUCCUGGCAGCACUUCUCUACCUGUGUAUCUGCUGCCUGUGCAGCCUUAGGGGAGACUCUCUUAAAAAGAAGCAUCGUCCCUCCUCCUUGACCCCUGUGGUUCCCCCGCUGGAAAAAAAGAUGCAGAGCGUAAUCCCAGUGCAGACCUCACAGCCUCUGCCCCUCAAAGUCCCGCUGGAGGACCCUAGCUCAAACAGGGCCCACCAAGCCACUGGCCCCAGUCCAGUCAUCUCUACUGGUGGGGGCCCAAGGACUGUUCGGGCAGCCACACAGGUGUGA